AUGCUGAAGCUGGAUUUCGAAAUCUCUCAGGAGACUGGCUUGGCUUUCAAGACCCUCUUCAAGACCGUCCUCAACAGCCUCAAGUCUGCUGUUGAAGUUGAAGAUUGUGCGGGCCACUUCGCCCCUCGCCUCCUCAAUGUUUCCUUCAGCACGCACAAGCCUGUUGCCGAAGCUAAGAAGCAAAGAGUGCAAUCCAGACAGGCGAAUGAAAGCACUAUCCAAGCGACCCCGAGCUUCGUGCAACCAAAGCCGAUAAACUGCGAGCAGUCUUUGCACUCUGCCUACCAGAAGCAGAAUAGCAAGAACAAUGUCCUGCAUGCACAGACUACCACGCCCCCCGCUACCACAAAAACUGAGCCUUUGCCCAGCUACGGGGUUUCCCACCUCCCUCCCUGGAGCCGUAAUGUUGCACGGGCAAAGGAAGAUUCCACAUCGUUCCAAAGACUGGAAAACGAUUAA